AUGUGGUUGUUAUGGCAGAGGAGCGGGAUGAAAAAGGGCGAGUUUGAAGGACAUUUGAAAGAUGUAACUGAGAAGUUAAUUUUUGGGCUCUUUGUCAUGAAUAGGCGAGGACGGGCGGGUCGUGUUCAACCCGGAGAGUGUUACCAUCUAUAUCCUCGAUGCGUCUAUAACGCUUUCGCAGAGUAUCAGUUGCCCGAAAUACUAAGGACACCCUUGCAGUCGCUAUGUCUUCAAAUCAAAAGUUUAAAGCUUGGAAGUAUAUCCGAAUUCUUAUCUAAGGCUCUACAGUCACCCAAGUUAUUAGCGGUCCAAAACGCUAUCGAGUAUCUCAAGGUUAGCGGUGCUUUAGAUGAGAGUGAAAAUCUAACUGUAUUGGGUAUGCAAAUAUUUCUAUGCUUUGUUCUUAAUAUGAAUGCAGCAUGCAUUUUGGAUGGGCACUUGAGAAUGAUGGGAGCAUACUUGGAGUUCUUUAUGGACCCGGGAUUAGCCAAAAUGUAUCAAAGUUUAAGACGGGAGCUUGACAAGUUAAUUCAGUGUAAGUUAACGAAUCCCAGAAUGGACAUACAUACACACCACGAGCUUUUAUCCGCCAUACGGUUGCUUCUACCUGAAGAUAAAUGUAAUGGCAAAUUCGUAUUCGACCGUCAGGUGUUGUAUAAAGACUCAAAACCUUAUAUCGCAUCCGUACCAGCGCCAGCACCACCAGCUUCGAGAUUAGAAAGUGGACCAGGCGGUGACAAUCCCAAAGGUCAGCUACAAACAUUACUUAUGAGAGCCGGGUGCCCUGCCCCAACCUACCGAACCACCCAACUGUCGGACAACCAGUUUCGGUCCAUUUGUGAAUUCAAUGGGAUGCAGAUUAUGGGGCACCCUUGCCACAACAAGAAACAGGCAGAAAAAGAUGCUGCAGCCGAGGCUUUAGAACGGCUCACGGGUGGCAACAAUAUUUCAAUAUUGGCCGGGGAUUUCUUGCUUUUUAGAGCUGGUUGUACAUUAAUAGCAACAGCAACUAUCAAUGAUCUUUUGGCCUAGUGGUUAAAGGGGAGGUGAGAAGCUUUGCUUCUCUUGGAGGUCCUGGGUUCAAGUCCAGGCAAGGGGGUUUUAAUACUAACUUGAUAUGCUAGAGAAGACACAUUAUCUUCUGUACAUAUACGAUCUUAUGAAAAGAAAGCUGCUUUCAUCAUCAACAGAUCCAAAUUGCCCAGAAGCAUCUCUUGUUGAGGUAUACCAACGCAGUUAUGAUCUAUGUAUGCAGCUCUAGCAGAAAGAUUCUGACUGAGAACUCAUAUCUAAACAUAUAUGGUUGUAUGAUGCUGAUCUCAACGGCCAGCAACUUGCGAUUGUUGCAGGACUUUGUGAGUGGAGAGAUGUUAUUGCUCGUUCAGAAGAUGAAAGUACCGGUUAUAUAUUGCCAAACAAAGUUCUUAUUGAAAUUGGUCUUAUUGAAAUUGCAAAGCAAAGCAAAUGCCGGUGACAACUGAAAAAUUGCGACACUUGUUGAAAUCGAGACAUCCAUAUAUUGAGCGAAAUCUUGGUUCAAUCGUUGGCAUCACUAAGCAUUCCAUGCAGAAUGGCGCUGCAUUUGAACUUGUUGCCAAGAAAAUUGUUGAAGAUGAUUAUUUAACUCGCAUGAAGAUUGUGAAAGAGAUUCAUGAACACAAUUAAGUUUUGAGUUUUUAUUCAUACACUUGGUAGUUUAUUUGGGUUAUAUGUUUGAUCAUUAAACUUAGAUCGAUACUUAUUAGACAUUUGGAAUCUUUGGAAGAUUGAUUGAACUUUUAAUUGAA